GUGCCGGCUUUCAGAGGUCGUCAUGUCUGGUCGCGGCAAACAAGGUGGCAAGGCGCGCGCCAAGGCCAAGACCCGCUCGUCUCGGGCCGGCCUGCAGUUCCCCGUGGGCCGAGUGCACCGGCUGCUCCGCAAGGGCAACUACUCGGAGCGGGUGGGCGCCGGCGCCCCGGUGUACCUGGCGGCCGUGCUCGAGUACCUGACGGCCGAGAUCCUGGAGCUGGCGGGCAACGCGGCCCGCGACAACAAGAAGACGCGCAUCAUCCCGCGCCACCUGCAGCUGGCCAUCCGCAACGACGAGGAGCUCAACAAGCUGCUGGGCAAAGUGACCAUCGCGCAGGGCGGCGUCCUGCCCAACAUCCAGGCCGUGCUGCUGCCCAAGAAGACCGAGAGCCACCACAAGGCCAAGGGCAAGUAAAGCUGUAGCUAAGUUCAACGGAACUUAAGCCGACUCCAACCAAACCCAAAAGGCUCUUUUCAGAGCCACCCAUAUUUUCUGCAAAAGAACUUAACACUUGUUUAUUGGCUCAGAGUGUAAAAGUGAGUUCUGCUGGAAAACCGCAGAUUCCCCAACUAGCAAAAAAAGCGCCAUAGAGUAUAAAAAUCUGUAAGGUCCGCGGAAAGGGUUAGUCUCAAUCCUUGGCAGCGAAUAACAAGCAUUAGGUCGGUUUUUCUUUUUAACCUUAUUCCCACGGGCAGUCUCUACAUCUUGUUUCUGAAAUACACUGCCUUUGCCUCAGCUCGAUUUUAGCCGAGCCGGUUCGUUAAGCAGCCGCACCGCUACCGGCCCGGCACCGUGGCGCUGCGCGAGAUCCGCCGCUACCAGAAGUCCACCGAGCUGCUGAUCCGCAAGCUGCCGUUCCAGCGGCUGGUGCGCGAG